AUGAAUAUUGCGAACUAUUUACAAACACGCUCCAUCGACAGACGCCAGGGCUCGUCUACAUUCGACCAUGGAGAUGAGGUCGCCAUUGCGGUCUUGUACCUCUUGGUGAUGAUGAUAAUGGCUGUGCUGAUCCGACUUGCCUUUCGAUUCUUCAUGCUUCGCUCAUUGCAACGAGACGAUGGGAUAAUUUCCCUUGCGCUGGUAUACGUUCCCACUUGUGCCUUACGACACACCCCUUGA